CGGGGGAUUUGGUUCUUCGGAGGGACGUCCUGUUCGCGGGAAAUACGAAGCUACAGGUUGCGACCACCGCGGAUCCGAAGAGGUCUCUAAUCCGGUUGAAAUAAGAACGCGUUUACUUCUUCCAGAGUUUAAACGAUGCUUUUUCGUUCACUUGUUGACCGAGGAGUCUACAGAAAGAGGCACAAUGUUCCCUCCCCGAGGUAUCCAUUGACCUCUCUACUAGAAGGUUACCAAUGUGCCCGACACGAUGAACACAUCUCAUACGGCAACAUGGGCGUGCCCGUUCCACCGUUUGGAUUAGAGUUCUCUUCUGUGAAAGGUAUGGAAAGGGUCCUUGCCGUGGCAAACGAAGAAGGCAUUGUCAGGCUAUACAACACGGAGAGAUGUGAGAACCCAAUUCUUAAAGAAUGGAUGGCACACGAGAAUGCUGUCUUUGACAUAGCGUGGGUGCCUGGUGAAUCUAGCGUGGUAACCGCUUCAGGUGACCAGAUGGCCAAACUCUGGGAUGUGCACUCUGGUGAACUCUUGGGCACCUUCAAGGGUCACCAGUGUAGCCUCAAGUCUGUGGCCUUCUCAAAGCGGGAGAAAGCUGUCUUCUGUACUGGGGGGCGAGACGGACAAAUAAUGGUCUGGGACACUCGAUGCAGUAAAAAAGACGGUUUCUACAGGCAGGUGAAACAGAUCAGUGGUGCACACAAUAAAUCCGAGCGACACACACCUUCGCAGUUGAAGAAGAGACGGCCGAGCGUGCGGAGCAUGGCUAAUGGCUUGCACUCCCAGCAGAGUGUCACGGUGGUUUUGUUCCAGGAUGAACACACGCUCAUCUCAUCGGGCGCCGUGGAUGGUGUUAUAAAGAUGUGGGACUUAAGGAAAAGCUACACUGCCCACCACCACGACCCUGUGCCCCUCCAGACGUAUCCCUAUCCCGGCUCCAGCACGCGCAAACUAGGCUACUCUGGCCUUGUUUUGGACUCGACUGGCUCCAAUCUGAUAUCCAACUGUACAGAUGACAAUAUCUACAUGUUCAAUGUUAGCGGGAUGAAAACAUCACCAGUUGCUGUCUUUAGUGGUCACCUCAACUCUUCCUUUUAUGUCAAGUCCACCAUAAGCCCAGACGACCAGUUUUUGGCUAGUGGCUCGAGCGACCAUCAAACAUACAUUUGGAAGCUCUCUGAUCCAAAGCGGCCACCCAUGCUUCUUCAGGGACAUAGCCAGGAAGUGACAUCAAUCACAUGGAGCCCCACAGACUUUACUAAGAUAGCAACCUGUUCUGAUGACAACACUGUGCGAAUCUGGCGUCUCGACCGGGGAAUCGAUGGAAACAAGUCCACAGUUGGGCAGGCCAAUCUUGUGGGAUGGGCAUGUCCUAAGACCCCCUCUACUGGCCUAAAUAAAUCCAGUCCAAACACUGCCAUUCAAGAGAUGAGCACACCCGCCAAGACCCCCAACACGGAUCGCAUGGAAGGCCUGGCGUCCCCUCAGCUGGCCGCCUGCGCACCCAGUGGCGCCAACAUGCCGCCCUCCUCCAGCACCGCUGGCAUGCCCCCGUCUUCCAGCAGCACCCGGGACCCCAAGGCCAACGCCCUCGGCCAGAGGACGCCCACGUCCAUCAAGAGCUGGUUGGCCCGUUCUCCCGGAUCCCCCGCCGCCAGCCCGACCCCACGGCAGACCCUGAGCCCGUGCCCCCAGCCCGGCACGCCGCGCUCCGCCCCUGCGUCAGAGCGGCGGGCCAAACGCCGGCUGGACACGGGAGAGGGAGCGCUGGGGAGCUGCGGGGGCGCCGGGCCCUGCGAGUGUGUCGCCGAGCUCUACCCCACGUCCAAGAGAAGUCGGCCCCUGAUGGGCGUGUGCUGCCCCGCCGCCUGCAGCCAGGAUCCGGAGCCUCAGGCAGGGGCGGAGCCCCCGUCGGAGAGCUGCGCCAGGCGGGCGGCAGCGCCCAACCAAGCGCCAGGGAAGGAGAAUUGCUCUCCCGUGCAGGGGGACUGGCUGUCCAUGAUGGGCGAGAGGUUAAAGAACGGGCUAGGAAGCCCCAGGAGCCCCAGGAGCCCCAGGAGUGCUAAGAAACAAGAUGGCAGGACUCCGGUGUCACCAAUCCAACAAUCCCCACAGAAUGGAAAGAAGAUAUCCUCAUAUUUCCAAAGAAGAACAGUGGAUUAAUCUCCAUGGACUGCUGUUUAAAUUCCUGAUCAUAUGUGUAUAUUGUGUUUUAAACCAUUCUAAAUCUGGCUAAAGCACUCCAAAAUAUAUGUAAAAAAAAAUACAUUUGUGAUGCAUUCUUAUUUUCCAAAUGUGCAUGUAAAUAUACAUUUGAACAAUAUAUAUUGUUAAUAUAUCAUG